GCCUUUUGAGCGUAAGUAACAGCUUUUAUGUGCACAUUGACACGGCACUCACAGAUUAAAAUUACGCCGUGGCCGAUCCUUUUUUUUUUGUAUUGGCUCCCGAGACCGAUCGUGACUACUAAGUGUAUGGGUCAUUUAAGAGCACUCUGCAAAGAAAGCUCUGCUUUUUUCUUUGUAAUAAAAAAUAUAAAAGAUGUCACACCAUCCUAGUUAUACCAUGGCCGGUCUGUGUGCAGCAGGAGGUAUCGCUGGCUUUGUUAGAACACGUUCUGUGCCCUCUUUAGCUGCUGGUUUAGGCGUAGGAGCAUUAUAUGGUGCAGCUGGGUAUUUGAUUCAGCAAAAUAGAGAUUAUGGUCAUGAGACUGCUGUUGCUGCCUCCGUCAUCUUGGGUGGUGCUAUGAUUCCUCGCGCUAUCAAGACGAGAAAGCCUGUCCCUGUCGCAUUAUCUGUCAUUUCUCUUGCUGCGGGAACUUAUUAUGUUAAGAAGGUCAUUGAGUAUAGCUAAAGCGUAUAUAAAAAUGACACAAUAAAACUGCAUACUUGCACAAAUGAAAAUGACCUCCUAUACAUAUCUCUUUCUCUUUCCUUUUUUUCUCCCUUGAUUACGCCUACUUGACACAUUUCAAAAAGCGACAAAC